AUGCCUCCAACUGGAAAAGAUAGGGCUUCCUCCUCGGAUGAAGUUGUUGCAAGCAUGGAAAAUUCCAUAAAAGAUGUUCGAUCCGAAUUGGCUGAACAUAAAGAAUACAUCGACGCCAAAUUUGAGGCCAAAUUCCAAGCCUUCACUGCUCACAUUGAAGCUAGAUUCGAUGCCAAAUUUCAAGCCCUCACUGCCCACCUUGAAUCUCUCAUAGUUCAGAAAUCUCAAAACAACCAUACUAAUCCAAAUAUAUCCAUGUUGAAUCAUUUGCUCAUCUCACUAUUCCCAAAUCCCUACCUCAAUCCUCCACUCUUUUAG